AUGAAGUUCUUCCUCUUGCUCCUCCUCCUCCUCCUCCUUCUUCUCGUCUCCACUGCCACGUCAUCGAGUGAUCCGUUCGGAUGCUCGACCGAAGACCUGCAAUUGACUGCCACGUGCCGUCCGAAGCUCGCAAAACUGACCGACGAGAUGAAGAGGAGUCCGUUGAAUUCGGGCUUCCCGCCACCGGAAACUCUUCAGAAAAUGUCCGGAUAUUGUCGGGAGGCGAUGGAUUGUGUGAGCGCGGCCAAGUGCGAGGCGAUCAAGGAGAAGAUGAGCAAGUUUGGCAAAAUGUGCAAGACGAUCGAUUUUAUGGCCGGUCCCUAUGCUCAGUGCGCUGCCAAGGUUCCGUUUUACUAGUAAUAACUCGCCUAUAUUUCUGAGAAAUUAGAACGUUGCAUUUGUAGGGCACAUAUCUCAGCUGCCGGUAAAAAUAUCGAAAUAUUGUCAACUGAUAAAAUGUGCACAAUGUCUUUGUGAGCAGUUUAUCAGUUGACAACUUUUCGAUAUCUUCACCGUCAGCCGAGAUAUAUUUGCCCAAAUAAACGGUAACUGCGAACUUUUGCAGUUGAAAGCGAGUCACGACAAAACCGAAUGCAUCACCUGGUACUUUAGCGACAAGUCCAAGGUUUGAAUAUACAUGUAUGUACUCAUCAUCAAAGCUACAGUAACCCAGAUGUCCACCGAGCAAAAGUGUGCUCAAUUCAAAGCGAAGAAGGCGUGCAUCGAGAAGGAUUUCGGCAAAUCUUGUGGCGAUGCGACGUUGAAGAGCUUUCAGCAGGUACUCGGAUAUUACAAGUCCUUUCCAGAACAAAUUGAUUUUAUUUCAGAACAUGGAUUACGUGUCAAAGUUCGUCGGAUGCCCAGUUCACUGA